AUGGAGUGCAGAAGUUCCCCCAGAAGCUCACGAGGCAGCAACAUCGAUCUUCACACUGGCUACGAGUGGUGGCUGAUGAAGGAGGCCAAGAAGCGAAACCCAGAGAUCAAGCUCUACGGACUCGCCUGGGCCUUCCCCAAUUGGGUGGGCAACCUGAGCGGGGACCCUUUCAAGUUCCCGGAGCUCACUGCGCGGUACCUGGUGGAGUGGGUGGCCGGCGCGAAGUCGGAGUAUGGGCUGGACAUCGACUACCUGGGCAUCUGGAACGAGAAAGCCUCCGACAGCAACUUCGUGCAGGUGCUGCGGAAGACUCUCAACGGCCGUGGUCAUGAAGGAACCAAGCUGGUCGUCAAGGAUGGCGGCCUCGACAUUUGCGAUACCCUGUUGAAGGACCAGAAGUAUGCGGACGCCGUGGACAUCGUGGGUCUGCACUAUCCUUCAGACUUCGCCGAUUUCUCCGCCUGCCGCAAGCUGGGGAAGCCGAUCUGGGCCUCGGAGGAGUCCUCCUCCUACGACGACAUGAACGGGGCGGCCUGCUGGGGACGGGUGAUCAACUCACAUUGGGUCAUCAACAAGAUGACGUCGUCGAUUAUGUGGAAUCUGGUAGGCGCCUACUACCACGGCACCCAGUGGUACGCCUCCUCGAUGAUGACGGCGGUGGAGCCCUGGGGCGGGCACUACGAGGUGAACCCCGUGAUCUGGGCCACCGCGCAUGUCACGCAGUUCACCAAGAUCGGCUGGAAGUAUUUGUUGAACGGCACUGGCUCCGGUGAGCUGCCGAAGGGCGGGUACUAUGCCACCUGGGUGGAUCCGGAUUCCAAGGACUUCACCAUGAAUGUCGUGAAGAUCUCCCGUGACCAUGCGCAGUGUACCCGGCCUUCCUUGCCCAGCUUCCAGGUACAAGAGGAGAACCUCACAGUUCAGCUGGCAGCCUCCAUGGGGGCCCACAAGGAGUUGCAGGUGUGGUAUUCUAACUUUGAGGCCUUCGAGGGGCCGCCGCCGCUGUUUGAGCACUCCACCGUGCAGGUCACCGAGAACAAGUUCACAAUCCUCGUGCCCGUUGGCGCCAUGCUGACAGUGACCACCGUGACCACCGGCCACAAGGGCAGCUUUGCCCAGCUGCCGCCGUCCUCUCCCGCCUUUCCUCUGAACUACGCCGACACUUUUCAAACCACCGCGGAGUCCAAGAACGCCAGGUGGUUCUCCGAUCAGAUCGGCUCCUUUGAAGUGCACAAGAGCACAGAUGGCCAGAAGAGCCUCCGGCAGAUGGUGCCGGCGCUGCCGAUUGGAUGGAGCGAUUCGGGGACCCGAGGCCCUGUGACCAUCAUCGGCAUGCGGGAGUGGCAGGACAUGGAGGUGAAGGUCGACUUCAAGCUGCCCUCCGCGUUCUCCGCGUUAGACUCCGGCAGCUGCCCCGCAGACGCCUUUCCCAUGGACCUUACGGACCGGCAAUGCCUAGGGCUCACACAAGGCAAGGCCACGUCUCCGGACGCGUGCCGAGAACUCUGCUGCCCCCUGACGGACUAUUGCAAUGUCUGGCAGUGGGAGGAGUACUCCAAGUCCUGCUGGGUGGGCUACAUCAGGGACCCCAUGUCCUGCAAGAAGGCGAAAGGCUACCAGUCCCAGGGUCGCACCAUGGACCGGUCCAAGGCGGCCUGCGUCGCGCUGCGCGCGGACCAGAUGUGGGAGAACGGCGUGGUGCUCUGCGUCCACAGCGACGGCAAGUGGCAGCUGGGGAAUUCCGGGCCUGGCCUGCCAGGCGCCAUCGGUGUUCCUUCAGCUCCGCUGGUGGUGGGUCACGUCGCGGCAGUGGGCAGCGAUUGGCACACACUGGCGCUGUCCGUGAACCCCAGCAGCCUCGCGCGAGGCUCCUUGGACGGCAAGGAGCUCUUCGCCAACUUCCAAGUGCGCGACCUCGACACAGGCUUCGCGGCCAUCGGCUGCAACGACUGGUUCCCCAUCGAGUUCCGCAACUUCUCGGUGACCAAGGACGCUGCGGGUUGGGAUCCCCCGACCUCCUGCACGGCCUCCGUGGGCGCUGAGCUGACGGCGCGCAACUGCGCGCGCAACGGCCUGGUGGCGGAGGACCAGUCCUGGGAGUUGCUGCCCUCCUACGAGCUGCAGCACAGCGCCUCAGGACUCUGUGCCAGCGCUGGUGCUCCAGGGCCCGUGCGGCUGGAAAAAUGCAACUCCACCAAGAAGAGUCAGCUCUUCGUGAAUGAUUACACCAUGAUCCGGAACCGGGAGCAGGCGAUGACGUCCUACGUGGUGCAACAGAACCUCGCCGCGAACAAGAGCGGCAGCGUCUUUGUCGGCGGCCAGGCGGACUGGAGCCACUGGGCCUACUUCCCGAACACCAAGCAGCUCCGGAACCAGUAUGUGGCCAACGUGAACUUGGGCUAUCCCAUGUGCCUGUCCACAUGCCCGCCCAAAGCGGUGAGGAAAGCCAUCUUCGUGUGA